ACGAUACCUUCUUGAAGGCGGUUCACCGAUAUCCUGUGCAAUUAACCUCGGAAAUGUCAGGCACCUUGGUGAUGGACUACUUUUGUUAUGGCACAUGGUACAGGCUCUGGCUCUGGCUUUUGGGACCAUCUCACGUCUUAUUGCAUUUGAUGACAAACGAAGCAAAGCGCGUCGAGCUGCCGAAUCGUACUUUGCAGAGCAAUGAGGCAGAAAAAAAAAAGGGGAGGGGUCGGGUCUGUCUGCAAGAUGUGUUUCGCUAGACUCGCAGAGGAAUCAUCCGCACCCACAUCUUUAUCACAGAUUUCCGCAGUGAGGUCGACGUCCCCAUACACCAAGGUACGUUAUCCACCACUCUGCUCCCCAUUUCGGAGCUGCAGGAGCCAAGCACCAAGCAAGCAACCAAGAGGCCGAUGGAUGGAUGGAUGGAUGCCUUCAGUGUAAGGUAGCCAUGACCCUUGGCAACUUGGGAAGU